AUCAGGACCCGAAAGUUCAUGACUAAUCGUCUUCUAUCGCGCAAGCAAUUCGUGAUCGAUGUUCUUCAUCCGGGAAGGCCAAAUGUAUCCAAGGCUGAGUUGAAAGAGAAGCUAGCGAAGCUGUAUGAUGUUAAGGAUCAGAACUCGAUCUUUGUGUUCAAAUUCAGGACGCAUUUUGGCGGUGGGAAGUCUACUGGGUUUGGCCUGAUAUAUGAUUAUGUGGAGAGCGCUAAGAAGUUUGAGCCCAAA